CAAACAGCAAUCGAGCAGCUUUUGACUAUAACAAAACCCUCACAGCAAGCAGCAAACAAAUGGUCUCUAGUUACAACAAAAUUCCACAGCAAACAACAAGCGAGCAAUAGCAAACAAACACUUUCCACUGAGGACUUUAACAAGCAAUGGGCUCUUGUUAAUAACUUUUGGACAAAAUACAAUAGUUACAUAUUAGAUAAUGGCAAUGAACAUAAGACUUUCGUUUGUAGACUUUCAAAGCCUCAAGAAUCAACUAGAAUUAGAAUAACAUGGUUGGCGGCAUUGAAUAUAGUUAGAAUUGAGAGGGUUAGUGGUACCUCUGAUCAUAGCCAUUCAAUAGAAGAAAGUGAUAUGCGAAAAUGGUUAAAAUUUAUUAAAGAUAUGGUGGACAACGAGGCAAUUAAAGAUUACAAACCCCCGACGAUUGCUAAUAAGCUUGUUGGACCAAUGAAUUCACAUUUUGUUGGAGAUGCAAAUUUAAAACCUGAUAUCUUAAAUACAAUCAAAUUUUUAAUAGAAAAUAAUUAUCAAGUUGAAGAAAAUAGUAAGGCAGUCACGUCAGUGUUAAAAAUUGUUCGAAAAUUUGCUCCACAAUGGAAUCCACAGUAUAUGCUUCUUGAUCAAAGCAGUGUAAAAUCCAAUGGUGUUGUGUUAACAUUUCCGGGUCUUUCUGCAAAUAGGAAUAAAAUAAAUUUCCCGACACUUAACAAAAUGAUCCACACGAUGCACAAAAAAACACAAGCAGAAUGUGAGAAAAUUGUCUGUGAUGUCAUAAAUACCUGUUCUAUUCAAGCCAAUGCUAAAUAUAUUGCCAAAAACUAUCUAAAAAAUUUGAGACAAUGGUCUCUCUGGGCUCGGCAGCAUUCACCACUUCUUCUUCAAAUUACUUCUACUAACCCUUUAGAGUCUUAUCAUAGUGAGCUAAAAGCAAAAAUUUCUGUUUAA